UCAGACACUAAGUGGGAGAAACAUACCCUCGUUUAUCUGCUCUCUCUUACUUACCAUCUGUAAACGACCAUGAACAGAAAUGCAUCAGGCUGAACGACACUGCUGAAUUUUUACCUCCUUACAGUCAGUCAGCGGUGUUUUAGUAAAAGAUCUCUUUCGUCUCAUCCGUUAAACCGGUGACCAACUUUGCGCAUGAUUUAUAUUUAACUCUUGUUUAAAGGUCUUCAUAAAAAAAAUACAAAAUAAAGGCAAACGCCUGAAAGAUGGGGUGCACGGCGAGCACUGGUGAUAAAUCUGCUCACGACAGAAGCAGGAUGAUCGACAAGAAUUUACGGGACGACGGAGAAAAAGCCGCACGAGAGGUCAAGCUUCUUCUUCUCGGUGCCGGUGAGUCUGGGAAGAGUACAAUUGUCAAACAAAUGAAAAUCAUCCAUCAGUCUGGUUAUUCAGAAGAGGAGUGCCAUCAGUUGAGGGCCGUGGUGUACAGCAACACCACUCAGUCCUUGAUGAUCAUCGUCAGGGCCAUGGAGCGGCUGGAGAUCGAUUUCGCUGAUCCUGCUCGAGCUGAAGAUGCAAGGCAGUUAUUUGCACUGGCGAGCACAGCUGAUGAGGGCGACAUGAGCCCAGAGCUCGCAGGCAUCCUCAAGCGCCUGUGGAUGGAUGCAGGUUUGCAGAUAUGCUUUGGUCGCUCCAGGGAGUACCAUCUGAAUGACUCUGCGUCAUACUACCUGAAUGAUCUAGACAGGAUAUCGGUCUCUAAUUACAUCCCCACUCAACAGGAUGUCCUCAGGACCAGAGUGAAGACCACUGGUAUUGUUGAGACCCACUUCACCUUUAAGGAUCUUCACUUCAAGAUGUUUGAUGUGGGUGGCCAGAGAUCCGAGAGAAAGAAGUGGAUUCACUGCUUCGAGGGGGUGACAGCCAUCAUUUUCUGCGCUUCUAUGAGUGACUAUGACUUGGUUCUGGCUGAGGAUGAGGAAAUGAACCGCAUGCACGAGAGCAUGAAGCUAUUUGACAGCAUCUGCAACAAUAAGUGGUUUGAGGAGACGUCCAUCAUCCUCUUCCUCAAUAAAAAAGAUCUGUUUGAAGAGAAAGUCAAGAAAAGCCCUCUGACCAUUUGCUUUCCAAACUACACUGGCGGGAACACGUACGAUGAAGCAGCCGCAUAUAUCCAGAAUCAGUUUGAGGACCUGAACCUGAAAAAGGAAACCAAGGAAAUCUACACCCACUUCACUUGUGCAACAGACACUAAGAACGUGCAGUUUGUCUUUGACGCUGUCACUGAUGUCAUCAUCAAGAACAACCUGAAGGACUGUGGGCUGUUCUAGACCCAGCUGGUAGAUCAGGUGACGAAACCAGACAGACAGAAAAUAGCGAGAAGAAGUUCGGCUGUAGAGAGGUCAACUAGGAACAUGGCAUAUCCGUUAUGUAAACAUUUUAUUUAUCUUCUCUAAACAUUUUUAUUGUUUCAGGGAAAAAAAUCUUUAUGUAAAAUAUUUGUACAACUGUAAUUGUCACAGGAACCGUUUUUAAAAAAGAAUUUAUAGUUGCUUUCUGAAGGGUUAUGGGUUUUUUUUCACGCUGAAGGUUUUUGGGAACGUCUUUUAAUCUCUGCUCUACUAAGAUGAUCCAAGAUACUCAAACAUGAUGUAGACAUUGAUAUGUAAUCAUGUAACAUUAGUAGCACUCUUUUCUGGUGGUUACCAUGAUGACGAUGAUGAUGACGAUGAUGAUGACGAUGACGAUGACGAGUGUAUAUGAAUAGUUGACAAAACACUCCCGUGGUGUUCAUGUAAAUCCUGCCUGAAUUAUAAGACUUGUAUAGAGAAACUCUUCUGUGUGCAAACAUAAUAGAUGGAUGGGAUUUCCCAGAACACAUCAGACUACACAGAAUUGGCAUCCGUCAUGUCUGAUUAGUCUGUAGGUUGAUUAUGAAGAUGCACCAAGUAACAACAGAUGGACUAAAGAGACUGCUGAAUAGAAAACAAGGAAUGGUUUCAAGAAGAACCGUGAUAACUUUGAAAACAUGAAGGUUUUGAGUAUGAAAAUGAAGACUUUGACGUGUGACAUUUUGCUCACAGGAAGCCUUUUUAAACAGACCAAAGCAAUUCAGCCUUUUUAAAUCAUUUCUGUAGAACAUAAGUAACUUUACACUUCUCAUCCAAAUGCAUUGCACACUAUAUUACUGUCUGUUAUAUUUGCUAGAAUGAGUAAAUGUGGAAUGUGGUACAGUAGACAUUUUCCUGAAGUUAUUUAUAACAAAUUUUAAAUGCUUUAUGCACCUAACUUUAUGUCCCUCCUUGUCUCUGUUCUCAUUGGUGGGGCAUAACUGAGCAAUAUCCACUAUUUUGCUAAUAAAAUGUGCUGUGGUUUACUCAUGGCAUUUUGAAAUAGA